AAACGUGAGCCGAUUUACUUUUUUUAAUGUUAUUUCUGUCAACGGUAUCAUUACUUCUUCAACAGACAAUUCGUUUCAAGACUAUAUAAUACUUAUUUUGUUAAAACGGAUUUGCGUUAUAUUUUAGAUUACGCCCAACAACUUAUAUAAGUUUUCAAGCCAUGACUCGAUGGGCCCGUGGAAAUAACCACCGACAUAAGCCAUCUAAUGCUACACCAUGGAAUCAGAUGUGGCAGACUUCUAAAAAAGCAAACAGUGGACAAGGUUCAUCUCAACUUUCUACAAAUGCACAGAAAUUCUCAGUGAAGCAGAAUCAACAAGGAGGUGCCAUACAUAAAACAAAGAAGAAAAAAAAGGACUACAAUAAUGAAGAUGUGAAUGGGUUCCUAGAUUAUUUAAAGCAAAGUGGCCAGCCUUUGCCACUGGAUUAUGUGGGAGUAGAAGCAGAAAGUGAAACAUUUAAAGAGGAGCUCUCUGUUGCACUGAAAAAAGAUAAAAGAAAAAAUGACAGAAGAAUAAAGAGGCAGAAGGCUAAGCAGAAUGAUAUGAUAUGUUUCAACUGCAGAAAAACUGGCCAUGGUCUAGCCGAUUGUCCACAGGCAGAAGAGGAUCAGGAACUGGGAAGAGGAAUUUGCUACCGUUGUGGAUCUGCUGAACAUGAAAUCCAUAGAUGCAGAGCAAAAAUAGACCCUGCAGUUGGAGAAUUUCCAUUUGCUAAAUGCUUCAUUUGUGGUGCAUCAGGACACAUUUCAAGAUCCUGUCCUGUUAACCCGAAAGGGGUAUAUUCACAAGGUGGCAGCUGUAGAGUAUGUGGUUCAGUAGAGCACUUCCAGAAGGACUGUCCAGAAAAUCAGAGCUCAGGAAAUUCUGUGACAGUAGGAAGAUGGUCAAAUCAAAUGAGUGCUGAUCAUGAAGAUAUUCCAGGGCCUGUGAAGAAAGUGAAAACCAAAGGACAAAAAAUUGUGACAUUCUGAUUCACCAUUAAGGAUGUUUUUUGUGAAAGAAAAAAAAAAGUUAUAUGAUGUUACUGUGGAUAAAAGCUUAACUGGAAUUUUUCAUGAUUGUACAUUUUGCCUCCAAACAAUUUUCAGCAUCCUUGUAUAGUCAUAUCAAAAAAUUUAUAGGAAAAUGUAUAACUUUUGUUGUACUUGUCACCUUAUAUUGAUAUUCUCAAGUGCUUUGCGCAGCAGGGUUUGUGGAAGCAAGAAGAUGAAAUAUACAAAAACAUAUCAAUUAACUUAAAAAAAAUUUUUGCCUUUUGUAAAUAAUAAAAACUCAGAAAUCUGUGUAAAAUAUUUGUCUUUUAUUAGUCAAUAGUCAGCUUUUGUGGAAGUCUGUGCAUACAAUAUCGAUAUAAGGCCGUUAAAUUAUGUGAAAAGAUAUUUACUGUUUGUUCAAAUCAAAAUACAUUUUGCCAGCAGCAAUUAAAUAUGCACAGCUCCAAAUGCAUCAAAGAAUAUC